AUCUGUCGUUUAUCCCGCCCUGAGACUGAUGUAUUGAUUUUUCGCUUGUAUACCCCUACUCCUACCUUAUAUACCUGUCCCGGUUAUCCCAUACCUAUAGUACUCUGACAUAGAUAUUGAUUAAAUCUCUCUUUCCUGACUUUCGACGGGUCAACAUUUGCAGUCCACGCCCAGGAAUAAAAAUCUUUUGUGUGAAUAGUAAUGUUAUCAAGAAUCAUCAGUGCAGUUUGGUGCCCUAACUAACAAUGCAACCACUAAUAUCUCCAGUUGAUCAUGAAUCGCGCACCAAUUCUUACCGUGCCGAGGAAGAGAACAGAGGCACUGAGGCGACUCCACUUCUCCAACGCUUCCCGAGGUAUCAACGUGACGAUAACUACUAUCGCACCAGGGCUGUUGUCAGCUUUCUUCUACUAAUCCUCCUGUUUGGAAUUGCUAUUGGCACAUAUCUCCUGAUCAUCCAAAGCAGAUCAGAGAAUGUGUUACCACCAAUUGAAGAACCGGAGCGUUAUGUAAGCCGUCUUCAAUGGGAUAAGAAUGGGGAAAUUGAGCUGGCAGAUGUAGAACAGAUGAAGAAGAACACGGUCAUCAUCGUUCAGACGGAUACAGAAGAAUGCGACAGCACGAAAACUUGUUCUAGGCUACUGAACCUGAUGCAGAAAAAUGGGGCUCGCCUUCAGUAUAACUUCUUGGUGUCGCCCGAUGGAAGAACUUUUGAAGCUCUUGGAUGGAAACGAAGUUCAUUUAUGUUUCCCGAGUACUCUGAAAAUGGUUUCGUGCUGGCAUUUAUAGGAAAUUACACAAGUGAUGCACCAUCAGCCGCUCAAAUGAUGCAAGCCAAGAUAUUUCUAGAAAAUUCUAUAAGUCAGCAACAUUUAGAUUUAGAUUUCGAUAUAAUCGGUAAAAAAACUAAAGAUCUACCAAAAUAUUUGUUUUUAGAGUUAAGUAAAUUGCCACAAUGGAAUAAAAAUCUCUCCGAUAUGAACUGAGAUGAUUGUUAAAUUUAAUAUUAUUGAUGUUAGUUGUUUGACUGAAUUAUCGUCUAUGAAUCUCUGUAAAUGUUUAUUUUAUGUUAUUUGUUAUUUUAAGUCAUAAACGUAAUAUAAUUAAAGAAUAUUAGUUAAGGGAAAAUUAGUGAGAUUAAACAUAUUAUUUUUUGUUAUUA